AUGCCCCGACACGCCGAGAAGAUCGUCCGCCAGGAGAUGGCCAAAUUCAUCGCCGCCACGCCCAGCCUGGCCGGCCCGCUGCUCCGGCUCCAUUUCCACGACUGCUUCGUCAGGGUAAGUCGUCGUUGUGCACUUGUCCUGUCUCACGUACAAACCUACAUUAUGCACACAAACACUAAGAAACAUCCAUGCAACGCGAAAUUGCAGGGUUGUGACGCCUCUGUCCUGCUCGAAUCCACCGACGGCAAGGUGGCGGAGAAGGACGCCAAGCCGAACAAGAGCCUGCGAGGGUUCGGCUCCGUGGAGCGCGUGAAGGCCAAGGUCGAGGCCGCGUGCCCGGGCAUCGUCUCCUGCGCCGACGUGCUCACCCUCAUGUCCCGCGACGCAGUCGUGCUGGCCAAGGGCCCCUUCUGGCCAGUGGCGUUGGGAAGGAGAGACGGCAGGGUGUCCCGUGCCACAGAGGCCAUUAACGAGCUGCCCCCGGCCUCCGGCGACGUCCCUCUGCUCGCCAAGAUCUUCGCCUCCAAGGGCCUCGACCUCGAGGACCUCGUCGUCCUCUCCGGCGCUCACACGCUCGGCACAGCGCACUGCCCGUCCUUCACCGACCGGCUCUAUAACACCACCAGCGAGAACGGUACCUCUGGCCUCGUCGACCCGUCUCUAGACAGCGAGUACGCUGACAAGCUGAGGCUCAAGUGCAAGAGCGUUGAUGACCGCACCAUGCUGUCUGAGAUGGACCCCGGGAGCUUCAAGACCUUUGAUACCAGCUACUACCGCCACGUCGCCAAGCGGAGGGGUCUCUUCCGCUCCGACGCGGCGCUCCUCUUCGACGCCACCACCAAUGACUAUGUCCAGCGCAUCGCCACGGGCAAGUUCGACGGCGAGUUCUUCAGGGACUUCAGCGAGUCCAUGAUCAAGAUGGGCGACGUUGGCGUGCUCACGGGGCCGAGGGAGAGAUCAGGAAGAAGUGCUAUGUCCUCAAUUAGUGUUUGUUCAUUCUUUACUGUAAGGGGAUGCGUUCGAUAA